AUGAACAACGGUUCGACUAACGGAGGCUCACCAUCUCGGUCUCAUCCCAGGCAGCAAAAUGGGCAAAAUCAACAAGUGCAAUAUAUUAAUAUGGGUAUUCCGGCGCAGUAUGGUCCUAGCCAGAUGGGGACCCAGGUAAAUCAUCCUCAGAUGAUGUCUGCAGGUGAUAAUGUCGGAUUAAAUGCGUCAAGCUCUCAUCCCUCCACCCCUAACGGGCUACCCCAAGGAACAUCACUCGCGUCGCAAAAACAACAUGGCUCCACAGAUAAUAAGAGGCCUCAGCAGCAGACUCAACAACAAUGGAAGCAGAUCCAGGGGCUGCAUAACGGCGGGAUAAGCACGAACACGAUGGCCGCUGCUGCGGCAUCCGCAAUGAUGGGAAGACCAGGCGUCAUGUCUCAACAGCAACUUUCCGCAUUACAACAGCUUCAAGCCACCUAUGGCCAUCUACAGAACUCUUUGUAUCGACCGCUAGAUGAUCAGCCCAAACCUGUCCCUGGGGUACCUAUGCAGCCAGGAGCUGUCAAGGGGCAAGCUCGAGAUCAAAAUGCUUCCUACCCUGCGCUGGGCCAGGCGCCGUCUACUGGCCAUGGGGCUCAGAUGACUCAUUCGGAGCUUAACAACUCCAACGAUAUCAAAAAGAAUAUUGCAAAUAUUGCCAUCAUUCGCCUUUUCGAGUUGACAGAGAAACUUUGUGUGAGAGCCGAUUCAGAAAAUUUGGAAUACUGGAGGAAAGUCAUGGAGGAGUACUUUAGCGAGUCGGCAGUGGCUACUUUGACUCUGAAACACGGCAACGAGGGAAGAUUUUACACGUUUACUUUUUCGCUUUUUGCCCGGAUCAUUUACACCAUAGCUCUUUCCGGGGUAGGUUUUUUUGAAAUAUCUCACAACCUUAUACGGGCUAACGUGUUGCCCAACGGAUCAACUCAUCUGGAAUGUUCGCGAUUAAUUUUGAGAAACUGGUAUUUGGACGGUUCCUAUGUUACGCUUUAUGGAGUGACUAAAAUACAAUUCAGCAGACAACUCAAAAUUGAAAAGAUUGACAUAUCGAUCUACCGUACUUCUGCAGGUCUUGAGCUCGGAACUAUCGACAAGUUUCUGGCAAAGAACGAAUUCAUUGAUUCAAAAAGCAUCAGACAGAAUUUUUCUGCUUUCAAAGGACUAAGCAACUUUGGUCUCCAGGAGAAUGUCAUGAGAGUCAUGCAGGUUGGAGAUGUUAUGACCCUUGUGAAACCUCUGAUGCACUUCCACGCUUUAUCGAGGUCCAACUCACCGAUAACGUCUCUUGAAGCGUUCAAUAAAUCCACAUCCAACGAAUUGAGUGCUCUCGAGAAGAUGACAAGUCAGUUCCAGCAAGCUCAGAUGCGCUCACAACAACAGGCAGGACUAAAAAGGCAGAAAUUUCAGCAACACCAAUUCCAGGACCCAGCUGCUCAGAUGCCUAAAAGUGCGUUUACACAGGCUAACAAAGCUGCUUCCCAGAAGCCCCCUUCUCCUAACCGCCUUUCGAAAAAGAAGCUUGACGAAGUCGGAUUGAACAAACUGGACUUGGCAAACUCUACGUUAAACAAACGCCGAAAAAUGGUUAAUGGUCCUGCUUCCAACUCGCAACCUCCUAACGGACAGUCUGGAACAUCCAGUGAAAAUGCACUUAACAACGGUGAGGUAAGUCCCAAGACUGUGGAAAGCGGGAAAUAG